AUGUUCUACGAUACUUUCGUGGAAGAAGUGCUGAAUUCAGAUUAUUCCUGCUCAAGCUACUCCCAGCUUGAGCCCAAGUGUUCACUCAAUGAUUUGGCGGAGUUUCUGGCAGAGUCAACCCACAGUUCUGCAUUUAGUGGAGUGGGGGCACCGGAAACCGCUUUGCUUGCACUACACAAGGCUGUGCAAGAUCGUCUUCCAAACCAGAAAGAUGCUGGCUUUAUUGAAUGGGACAAGGACUGUCAAGCGGAGCUUAUAUCAUUUUGCGACAAUAUUGGAGAAGCAGGUCAAAAUACUUGCGUGUUUGGAGACAUUGCCAGUUUCUUCCGAGAUGAGCUUCAACCAGUGAUUCAAGAUCUUGUGAACAAGCCUGGAAUGGCCCUAGAGAUCCUUUCUCCUGUCAUAUGUGAAAGAAGAGCAAUGAAGAGGAAGGCAUGGUGCGUGAGACACAACAAAGAAUGCUUCCUCACAUUGGCUCGUUCUCACAUUGCUGGGAGCAGUUGCACUGCUCACAGCAAACAAGGAAAACAGUUGGCCUUCAGUGACAAGAACGCUAUUCACUUCCUUGCUUGGGCUGGACUGCGCUUAGAGAUCAUGGAGCCUGAGCUGACACUUGAGAACGUUGCGGAGUUCAGCACUGACGUUCUUGAACGCCUGCUUGGUCCAGCCUACCACAUUGAAGCAACCUUGCUUGACCCUAGAUCCUUUGGGAAGUACCACAGGCUCAGACACAAAGGCGCAGCCCUCUAUCAGCUUUCACCAUUGACGAGGUUCCCCCGCAGAUUCUACAGGGCAACAAUGUUUUCUUGGAGAGAAGUCUUCUUUGCACACAUGUUCAAAGACGGGGUGAUAGCAAACGAAUAUGACCAAGAACUUUCUUGGGCUCGGAAUCGCAAGCUAUCUAUGUUUCAUGCCUUUGGGGAUGCAGAGGCUGUUGAGCCCAUCAUUGAACACUACGGGCUAGAUCAGGACAUCAUCCAUGAAGGGGGCGGAGAGAAGAAGCAACCUUUCCUGGCAGCUUUGAAUGUCAGUGAGUUGAAGACAAGAGAUGCCUAUGGUCGCAAGUGUCCUGGAGAAGCAUGGCAAUUGAACCAGAACCCGGACGCAGGUGUCACCCCACUGGCUUUGGUUAGUGAGGCUUUGGAGUUGGAGGGGAGCUGGAAAAAGAAAUGUACCACAGAAGGCAUUACCACACGACAUUCAGAGUAUCAGAAGAUCUAUGAUGCUCAUGCUCUGAAGGAUGAAGAUACAGUUCUCCAAAGUGCAAUUGAGAAGGAAUUGGCAAAACAGCUGGACCAUGGUUUUGAUGACACCCCGAAAGGGGAGAAAGGAAGCACUGGUGGCGGCGGUGGUGGCAAGCCGCCUGUCAUUGAAGAGUCAGAAGCUGACGAUGAUGAUGAGGAGGAUGCUGAUGGUGACGUCGAUGUAGAUGAGGCCAUCUCUGAAUUGAAGAAAGAAAGACAGGAGAAGCGUGGCAAAAAAAUAAGGAAGAGGAUUCAGAAGCAAAGGACUGCUGCUGCUGCAGCCAAGAAGAAAAACAAAAAGAAGACCGCAGGGGCUGAUGGAGGGGCAGCUAAAGAAGGUGGUGUGGAAUCCAAGCCUACGCAAGGCAAGGAUGAAUGCGACGAGUUUGAUGUCCACAUUCAAACGAUUGCAGGCAACAACCCUGAUCGCAGAAUCAAGCGUGCGCUAGAUGACUUCUUGUGUACCUUGAGCUUCCUGCGGUCAAACUUGAACCACGAGAUCAAUGAAGAGGAGUGCUCACGGAGCAAGAGCUUUUUGGUCAGCCUCUUUCUUGAGCUGAGUUGGAACUGCUCUGUCGCAGCCAAUGGGAAGCAAUACAAAACAUAUUCCACAUUCAGAGAGGAGGUUCACAGAAUCUUCUAUGCAGCUCAUCAGAAGCUCCAAUUCCGUGGAGAAAGCGUGGACCCGCUAAAGCUUGCUCAGGAUCUGAUGUCCAUGCUGGAGGUGGUCUCAGAAGUCAAGGGCGAGAAGGAUGAGGUGGAUGAGGAGGCAAUGUUGUCUUACAUCCGCACAUUUGGAUCUGAGAAGGAGAAAGAGAUUAGAAAAUUUGUUGACUCUCAGCUGCCCUUGCCAGUGUCCUUACAUGAGAACUUUGGAAAGUUCAGACAAGCUUUGGGGACGCAAGUGAAGCAGUUCAGAGACAUGGGGGAUAUGAAAUCUCAGUUGGCACACUUCUAUGAUGUCUUCAACGAGAUGCACGUGCUGCCGUCAAACUGGUUGAUCUAUGCUGCAGGAGUGAGCUACUUGUGCCAGAAGGCUGGCGGCAGGUUCGUGGAGAAUUCCAAAGAUGCUUUCGGUAGCAUACACAAUUUGGCUACCUUCUGUGUGAUCCGUGCAAAGUACAUCAUGCUGGGUUUGAAAGACCUCAUUGCCAUGAAAGUAUUCAAAUGCCCUGAUACGAUGCAAAAAUCCAUUACAUCAAUCGCAGCAGAGCUUGACACAGUGGCAACCGACACUGCCGAAUCUGAAGCCUCACUGGAAGGGCACCUGUCAAAGCUUGAAGGAGCAUUGGCUGCCUUCGAUCUUGAACAAGAUGACGAUCAGGCCAAGGAUGAUGAGACUGAGCAACAACGCCUGCUGAAGAAGGCAUUGGUACCUCUCAAGCAUAUCCACCAGCCUAUUAGCUUGAACAUGUUUCCAUCUUUCAAGGAGGACGACGCCCUGUUUGAAGAAUCUUGCGACAGAGACAAGGUCUAUGGGCAUUUGAGAGAGAUCAAUGUUGAAGCAAAUGCUUUGUGGAUCAAGGCUGUAGAGAGAGGGCUUGAAGCUGUGCUGUGGCGUUUCUAUGAGAGCAGAAGCAGUGUACCAGAGAAACACAUCAUGUAUGUGGCAGACCCGGCUGGUGCUGGUCUCAAAGGUUCAGAAAAAUGCGUCACGGUCAAUUGUCCAGACAUGAUGGAGCUCAUGUACUGUGGGGGAGUAUCAACAGAGCCCUCAGCUCAUUCGCUUCCUUUGGGCACACUUGGUGACAUCCAGUUCUUCAUCCAUCCAACACCAGCGCCACCAGGUGGAGACGCAGUGGUGCCAGCCUGGUUGGCCAAGCCAACUCCAAAAAGAGAGAAUGUGACACUGGAGGCAGCUCACUCAACCAUCUCAGUGUACAUCACCUCGAACGGUACAGUUUCAACAUCAAGCCCAGUGCUGGAGUGGGAGGAAAAACAGGCGCAGACUUGUUUGAUUCAAAGCCUAAAGAAAGCAGAGGCGAGGGCACAGAAGUACAAGAAGCUGGCCAAGAAGUGGAAAGAAGCGAUUCCAGCAAUCCAAAAGGAGAAGGAUGAGAAGGAGGAGGAGCAGAAGGAGGGGCAGCAGCAGCCAAACAACAUGGAGACUAAGGAAAAGGAGCAUGAGCCUGGGGCUAAGAGUGCUGAUGGUCCUCAGGGAGAGGGAGAGUUGUCAGAGACAAGGCCACCAAAAGAUGCUGAUGCAGCUCCUGAUUCAGUGCUCUCAAAAGGGGAAGGGGGAGGUGAUACGGAAGCACUUGGGCUGCCUGAUACCGUCAUGGAUGCUUCCUCAUUCCAGGAGAAGGCCAGUGAAAGUCAAGUUCCUGAUGCGGCUCCUGGGAAGGAUGCGCCUCCUAAGCCUCAGCAACCACAAAUGGAGCAGACAGCACACAAACAUCAAGACAAUGAACUAGACUCAGCUGAGGAGGAGCCUGAGGAGUCUCCUUUCAAGAAGUUGAGAACUUGUGCUGGACCAAAGCCAUUGUACAUGCAGAUGGAAUUGCACAUCCAUUCGCUGCUGGGCUCAGUAUGA